GAAGUGAAGGGAGAUCAUGCGGUCAUCUGACGGUGAUCUUCUCGGCACAAUUAUCUUCUAGAGAUUUUCCACACAGAUUUUCCACACGUUCGUGCGGUCAUCUGACGACGAACGAUGUAGGAAGUGAAGGGAGAUCAUGCGGUCAUCUGACGGUGAUCUUCUCGGCACAAUUAUCUUCUAGAGAUUUUCCACACGUUCGUGCGGUCAUCUGA